CAGAGAACCAGAUCUGACACACAUACAGUAGUUUCGAUGCGACGCACAGCUUGUUCUGCCAUGAGAGGUCCGUGUGUGUUUGUAAUGUUGGUGAGCGUCCUCCUCCGUCCGGCGGAUCUUUCCCCCGUGGUCGGGCCUGAACCCAUCCGCUGCGCUCCAUGCUCACCGGAGCAGCUCUCCGCCUGUCCCGCCGUGUCCUCGGACUGUCCCGAGGUCCUGCGAGAGCCGGGCUGUGGGUGCUGCUCGUCCUGCGCGCUGAAGAAAGGAGACUCCUGUGGCGUCUACACGGCUCACUGCGGCUCCGGCUUGCGUUGCGUCCCGAGGCCCGGCGACCCGCGGCCGCUCCACGCUUUGACCCGCGGUCAAGCCGUCUGCGCUGAGUUCGACCAGGCGGAAGAGGACACGGACAUCACGUCUGAUCAGAGCUCUCUGCAUUACCUGCUGGGACUCAACAGGCCGCUGGACCCGCAGGACGCGGCCGAGGCUCAGGAGAGCAUCAAGGCCAGAGUCAACGCCAUCCGAAGGAAACUGAUCCAACAGGGUCCGUGUCACACUGAGCUACACACCUCUCUGGACGUCAUCGCACAAUCACAGCAGACGUUAGGAGAGAAGUUCACGAGCUUUUACCUCCCCAACUGUGACAAGCACGGCUUCUACAAGGCCAAACAGUGUGAGACAUCUCUCGUUGGCCAGCCUCCGCACUGUUGGUGUGUGUCACCUUGGAGUGGAAAGAGAAUCCCGAACACUGAUGAUUUAUCGGAUGAUUCCCAGUGUAAUCAAGAGCUCGUGCUCUGAAGCCUUCACCCGGCACACACACGCUACCAUACCGUAGCUUAUAUUUCCUUCCGUACCAUAUCUACACCUAUUUAUUCUUAUGUAUAUGGCUCUUACAUGGUCUUAAUAUUUAUUCGAUGGUUUAAUAUUAACUAGUAUUAUAAGUCUGUAAUUCUGCCUCAGUCCUUGUUCAUGGUGGUUUAAUUCAUUGAAACCAUGUUUGCACAGCAAGUAUCUUGUUUGGACAUUGUAAACGUAUAGCCUCUAAAACCGUUUAUAAGCUUAAUUUUAAUUGUUUUAUUUAAUUUCACUAUGUAUUUAAAACAGAUGUCUACCUCACAUUAGACACAACGUCUUUAUGGACUCCCUGAACAUUUAAUGUGCUGCUGUAUUUAUUCUGAAACUAUUGUUUUAUUUGUGUAUAUACAUGUAAUAUACUGUAUAUUUCCUCAAAAGUUUCGUUCAAUAAAAUGUUAGAGAUUGCA